CCAAAGGCCCGCUUGGCUGAUGAUCUCAUCGGCCCGCACGCGUCGGUUCCGCUAUCCGCUGGCAUUCACGACGCCAACGCUUAACCCCAGACUCCUCCGCUAACACGGACAUGGACAAAUUCAAGAGCGUCGCCAAAGGAGGGUGGCAUCCUGAGAAGAGUCGCACGAAUAGUGGGAGCGGCGGAGGUGGAGCGAGCGACUCAAAACUCACACAGGUAAAAGGAUGGGUUGGAAAGGCACAGGGUAAAGAUCCCCAUGCAGAAGCCGCCCGCGAUCAUCAGUCAGCACCACUAUCAUCCCUGAAAGACCCCUCGCAGUUUGCUCCGCCGCCCAAGAGACUCGACUACAGCGGCGGUUCGGCAGCAUCUGCACCAUCCGGACCGUCAUCUGCGCCUGCUGGGUCGGCAAAGCAAAGACUGCAGGAGCGAGAAGAGGCUCGGAGGAGGGAGGAGGAAGAAGAAGCAAACAGACCAGCCCCAGGGCCAUACAGACCCGACACCACGGGGUUGAGCACAGCGCAUCUGCCCAAACCUCCUGCUUUCAGACCUGGCGCUGCGGCACCACCGAGUACAGGUGCUGCCAAACCAAAGCCCAGCCUGCCCCCACGACCUCCACUACCACCGCGCCAGAACUCGAACCCCGAUGAAUUCGCACCGGCUCCUCCACCUACCUACAAUGAGGCGACACAAGAAGCGAGACCUGAGCAGGGGGUGCUGAACCAAGGUGCUUUGGGUCGCCUGGGUCAGGCAGGUGUAUCGGUAUCAGGCUUUGGUAUCGGUCGGACAGCUUCUCCUCCAGUACCGCCUCGUGCAAAUCCAUCACCGCCCGUUCCUCCUCGACAGAACUCAGGCUCGAGGAAUGUGUUACCGCCUCCUGCCCCGCCCAGUCGCGGCUCACAGAUGAACGAACUGCAGAGUAGGUUCGCGAGUAUGUCUGGGCCGAAAUCACCAGCAUCACCCCCGGCCACUGGCACGUCGUGGGCAGACAAGCAGGCAGCACUGCGGACAGCUAGCAGUCUACGCGAUGAUCCGUCAAAGGUAUCAGCUUCCGACUUGAAAGGAGCGGCAUCGACUGCGAACAACUUCCAGCAACGGCAUGGAGAUCAGGUCGCGUCUGGGUGGAAGUCGGCCAACUCUAUAAACCAAAAGUAUGGUAUUGCUGGCAAGAUGAACAACUUCGCAUCGUCAAGUGCCUCCCCAGGCCCAGCACAGUCGGCGUCGCAAAGUAGUGCGGGAGGCCUUGGAAAAAAGGCACCACCUCCGCCGCCACCCAAGAAGAAGGAACUGAGCGACGGCUCGGGUGAACCACCGCCGAUUCCUCUAAGUAGCAAGCCGAAGUUUUGAGCGUAUCUAUCGUAGUCUACCCAUAAUGCAGAGAUACCAGCUUGAAUAUUACUAGUGCAUCUCCCACUAUAAUGUUAAACCUGUUCCCCAGAUGUGGCUGCGGCUGCCCACGUCACCCUGCCUCUUCCCAGUUACGGCGUCGGUGGCUUUUGCUCCCAGAUUUGCGCUUAGCCGGACCCUCAACAGGUUCACAGCAUCCUUGCAGAAAUUUUGCAGCAUGCAGUUCUACCAUGACACAACGCAAGAUGACGACCGCCUUUUCGUCGACAAGACGGGAUGUAUAUUUGUGUUACCCCAUGGCGUUAGACUUGCGAGCAGAUGUAAAUUCUAGAUAAACUUCAAGAGGGUCUUG